CUCUUUCAUCAGUAGCCACUGAAUUAUUGUAACGACCAAGUAACGACCAAGCAAACCAAUGGCAGGAGACAAAGAAACUCUUAUUGGAAUGGGAUUUGACCCCGCACGAGUCGAAUGGGCUCUCAAAUCGACAGGAAACCGUGGGCUUCAACCAGCGAUGGACCAUAUCCUUGAAAACGAAGGCAAACCUGUACCUUCUCUCGACUCUGUGACGCAAACAUCAGGAACAAGUGGUAGCUCAGGCCCAGGUUCGAUGGACGUGGAUGAGGAUGAGGAAGAUUUGGAAGCGUUGAGGAGUCAAAUUGAUGGUGCCGGCGCGGGUCCUGGUCCUGCUGGUCAAGAAGCCAAGAGUCUUAAAUGUUCCCAAUGUGGGAAGACGUUCAGAAACACUGCCCUCGCCAAUUUUCAUGCGGGGAAGAGUGGGCAUGAUCAAUUUGAGGAAUCCACCGAAGAGAUGAAGCCGUUGACUGAAGAAGAAAAGAAGGAACGUCUUGCGGAACUCAAAGAGAAAAUGGCUGAGAAACGUGCACGUAAGGCGGUGGAAGAAGCUGCUGAGCAGAAAGCGAACGAGGCUAUCAAGCGCAAGGCAGGAAAGGAUUUGAACAAGAUCAAGGAAGAAUUGCAGACAAAGGAAGUUAUCAAAGAAGCGGAGCAAAAAAGACGAGACAAGAUCGAAGACGCGAAAGCACGCGCUGCUGUGAAAGCCCAGAUUGAAGCGGACAAAAGGGAGCGCGCGGAAAAAGCGGCUAGGGAAAAGGCUUUGCGAGAAGGAAAAGCUCUUCCUGAGAGUAGCUCUGCUGCUCCUGCACGUCCAGCUCCGUCCACCUCAGCCCCUUCAGGCGUUUCGGGAAGAGAUUUCAAGGAUACAAGAUUGCAAGUUCGGAUGUCGACAGGUGGUCAACCCUAUACUACAACUCUUCCUAGCGACGCGCCGUUACGUGAAGUGGCCGAAUUCAUCGCUGCGCAAAACCUUUCUGUCAAUGUCGACACCGUUACGCUCGCGCAACACUUUCCGAGAAAAACCUUUGCUCCUUCCGAUUUUUCCAAGUCUUUGAGAGACCUAGGUCUUACUCCUUCGGCGGUUCUUAUCGCCACGCCUUGAUUUGGAUUCUGGCCGUUUCCACGGAUCUUCGGGGGAGAUGACAAUUGUACCAUUGUAACAUUGCUAUCUUCUUAUUCAAGUCAUCCUCACGUAUAAACAUCCGUAAGUGGUCCA